CACAACUGCGCCCUCUCUCCCACUGGAUUCGCUAUUGCAAUCCUUGGUUCAUCCUAGUAGAGAAGCUAUCCAUUUUGUCUCAUACAACUAACCUCUUCUACAUCGCACUGCGCUUGUCUGCAGAUUGUCAAGAGUAGUUUCUCACCCACUGCCAACAUGGUUCCUGUUCCAGACAAGGAGAUCCAAAAGGACAACAAUGACCAUCUGGUUCAGUCGUCGGACCCUGAGCAUCCUGCGAACUUGAUUCCUACGCUCUGUCGCCGAUUCUACAAGUGGGGUUGGGUCACUGGUACUGGCGGAGGGGUAUGUCCCUAUUCCCAAUUCCCCCCAAAACACAGAAGCAGCCUCUGACUGACAGAAUCCUAUUCGAAAAGACCUCCAUCCGUCGCGAUGAUCACAUCUUCAUUGCGCCUUCUGGCGUUCAGAAAGAGUUGAUGAAAUCGGAAAACAUCUUCGUCCUGCAGUUUCCCACCCCCAAGUAUCCCCCCGAGGAGCGCAAGUAUAUCCGCAAGCCUCUUGAGCUGAAGCCAUCCGCGUGUACGCCUCUGUUCCUUGCUGCGUUCGAACGUGGUGCGGGCUGCUGUAUCCACACUCACUCCCAGUGGGCUGUUCUGGUCACACUGCUUGUGGAACGUGAGAAGGGUCCGGACGCUUGCUUCGAGAUCAGCAACAUCGAACAAAUCAAGGGCAUCCCCCGCGGCAAGGGCAAAGGCAUGCUGGGAUUCCACGAUACCCUGAAGAUCCCCAUCAUCGAGAACACCGCAUUCGAGGAGGAUUUGACAGGAAGUCUGGAAAAAGCCAUGGAUCAGUACCCUGACACUUAUGCGGUCCUAGUGAGACGGCAUGGAAUUUACGUCUGGGGAGACAAUGUCGCCAAAGCAAAGACGCAGUGUGAGAGUUUGGACUAUUUGUUCCAACUAGCCGUAGAGAUGCACAAGCUGGGUCUUCCAUGGGUCAAAUAAUAACUAGAUAAAUCAUGACUUGUGUGAUGCUUCUUUUGAAUUCUCUGUUAGCCCAAGAUGUUUAUACUCUAGUAGGAACUUGCUGAUGUGAACAUGCGAUGCUGCAUUCAAUGAUCAAUAUGGACAUAAAAAAUAAAUAAAGCGAAAAUUUUUUAAAUCUGUAGCAGUUCGAUUUCUU